UGAAAUCAGGCGGUUUGAUAUGAUUAACAUCUGUGCGGAGGAAUGAUGGUGCUUAAUUAGGUCUAAUGAAUUUAAACGGAUACAUACGUUUGCAUAUUCAAUAAACAAAUUGCCUUAAUUGAUUAAUUGGGAGGAGGAAUUAAACACCAAGGCACUGAGCAAUACAAAAUAUUGUCACCGUCUUUUUUUCUUCUUCUUCUGUGAUUUUCUUUUCUUCUUUGGCUUGUUUUUUUCGGUUUUUGUCGUCACCCUCAAAGACAAUGCAUAUUAAAGUUACAGUCUGGUCAUUUUUAGAGUGGGAAACUUCUGACGUCAGAGUCGCCGCCGUUUAAAACAACCUGCCUCUGCUGCUGACGUCUUUUAUACUACUUUUUUAUAAGGCAAAAUAUGUAUCUGACAACAAAGUGAUUAUUCUAGCGACAGCAGCGUGCAUUACUCCUCCAAUUCGUCUGUUUAUUAUAGACUCGUAGGCAGAGAGGAUAAUUACAAGGCUGCCCUCAUUUAUUUAUUUUUUAUUCUUUCCGUAAGGCUUUGAGUGGGGGGCUUUUUACACAAAUUAAACAUGCUACUCUGCUUCGCCCUAUAAGCAUCCAAGGAGCCUGUGCUUACCAAUCAAUUGGUACAGUCAAACAGAGCCACAGCCUGCGUUAGAGUGGAGACCUUCAGUCUCGCUUCAUUUCUGGAUAUUGGGGGACCUCUCUACCAUGUCAUAUCCACAAUUUGGAUAUCCCUACUCGUCUGCUCCACAAUUCCUGAUGACAACCAACUCUCUGACCACUUGCUGCGAAUCAACCGGCAGAUCCAUAGCCGACUCCGGAGUAGCGGCGUCCGGACAGACACCGGUGUACUGCCCGGUGUACGAGAGCCGGCUGCUGGCCACGGCCAGGCACGAGCUGAGCUCGGCCGCAGCGCUGGGCGUGUACGGGAGCCCCUACACCGGCGGCCAAGGCUACGGGAAUUACGUUACAUACGGCACGGACGCCUCGGCGUUCUACUCGCUGGGCACGUUUGACACUAAAGAUGCCACAGCUUCUGCACAUGCAGGAAUAACCCAGGCAACAGCCUACUACCCCUAUGAUCCUACCCUGGGACAGUAUCAGUAUGACAGAUAUGGGUCCAUGGAUGGAGGAACGAGGCGAAAGAACGCAACACGCGAGACCACAAGUACGCUGAAGGCCUGGCUGCAGGAGCACAGGAAGAACCCGUACCCCACCAAGGGCGAGAAGAUCAUGCUGGCCAUCAUCACCAAGAUGACGCUCACGCAGGUGUCCACGUGGUUCGCCAACGCCAGGCGGAGGCUGAAGAAGGAGAACAAGAUGACAUGGCCGCCCAGGAACAAGGGCUCAGAGGAGAAGAGAUACGAUGAGGAUGAGGAUGGGUCUCAGGAGGAGCAGAUCAAAAGUGAAAACAACGAGGAUGAGACCAGAAGUCGGGCUGAUAAGGACCUGCAGCUCAGCGACUUGGACGACUUCGACACGCUGGAGUCUGAGAGUUCGGAGUGUGAGCUGAAGCACCGCUACCACAUGAACACGCACAUGUCAACGGCGGCCGACUGCGCCGCCGAUCACAUGAUCAAGGACGCGUCCCUGAAGCUCUCCCUCCCCGUUCCGCUCGGAGGGGAGCAGGACCUGAGCAAAGGCUGCCUCAAAACAACCCCGGACGACUUCCAAGCGGACAGCAGACAGCAGGCGAAGGCCUGCUAUAAUCAGCAGCAGCAGCAGGGGCACCCGAUUUUAGACGGGAAACCUCGGAUCUGGUCUUUGGCACAGACCGCCACGUCCCUGAACCAGACUGAGUACCCGUCCUGUAUGCUGAGGUGCCAGCCGCCGCCCCCCUCCCUCACCCCGUCCCCCGCCGCUACCUCACCCGUGACCGGCCUGGACAACAGGCAGGACUCCCCGGUCACGACCCUGAGAAACUGGGUGGACGGGGUUUUCCACGACCCCUUGUUCAGGCACAGCACUUUGAGCCAGGCCCUGACCAACACCACUGUCUCUUGGGCCACGAACACCAAAGGCGCCAUUCUGGAGGCGGACAGGAGCGCGGCAGCGUUGCAGCAGCUCCAAGACUCCUCCAAAGACACUUCCAUGAGUUUCCCAAAAACUAUCAACAAACUGUUCUGCUCCUAACAAAACCAAAUGACCCUUUUAUUUAAAACAGAGACGUUUUUGUGGCUGAAAGUCAUCAUGUUUAUUCGUUUUUAAUUAAAGCAAUGGUAGCGAUAUGUUACACUUGCGUUACACGAGUGAAAUAUCCGGAUCGGUUUGGCUUAUUUGACUUAACGCACGCACAAAAUCUAUCGAAAUGUAUAACGAAAAGUUUACAUAUUUGAAAAAAAGACCUAACGUUUACAUGGUUUUGUUUUCUUUGUUUUUUAAUAACUUUAUUUACUACGCGCAUGCAAAUGUAAUUAAAGAUCAUUUAGGUCUCAGCUGAGUAUCACUGUUAAAAGAAAAGAAGAUUCACAAAUGCACAACUCUCCUAGGAAGUGGAAGAGAGUGUUUCAACUUUGUUCACUGAAAAUAAAGUCAGUCGGUUUCUGGA